GAGCCUCCCAGAGUCGGCAUCACUCACCUCCUCCACUCUCUCAGCCACGUGCAGGUACCUCGCUCCGGCCACCAACCCCCCAACAGCAACAGCAAGAAGAUGAAGCUCCACGUGGCUGCCCUGGCGACUCUCGCCGUCGUCUGCAUCCUGGCUGCAGGGUCCGAGGCCGCGCCCAAGGCGAUGUCCGACACGGCGGUGGUGAAGGCCCAACUCUUCCCCGACGCGUUCUGGGAGGGCUUCAAGAACGUGUCCGCCGAGUUCAAGAAGAUGGUGCACGGCCUGCAGACCUCCAACAUCGGCGAGCACGCAAAGAGCCUGUACACCGACACGGUGGCCGUGCUGACCCCGUACCUGCACAAGAUCCGCGAGAACGUCAGCAAGAUGUACCAGGCGUACGUGGAGUCCAAGCACCACUAGACUCCUCACUCACACCACUCGCACCACACACACACACCACAGACACGCGGAGAGACCCACAGACUCCCAUAAACCACACACACCACACACACACACCACUCACACGCGGAGAGACCCACAGACUCCCACAGACACCCACAGACACCACCCACAGACACCCACACACACCACCCACAGACUCGCCACACGCGGCGAAUGCACCCACAGGGUAGGACCGCAAGACGCCGGGGGGGGGGGGGGGUAUCCGUGACACUUCGCUUCCAUUUAAGUUUCACGGCGAUCUCAAUCGACCACCACCCACACCACCACCCACACCACCACCACCACCACCCCCCACCACCCCCACACGACCCGAAGCGUCCCCAGCGGCAGCUGUCCCUACGCAGCCGCCGGCUGUGGACGAAGACGAUGUGUGGGGUGUGUGGGGGGGUGGGUGGGGGACUCGUUCAGUGUUAUUGAGAAGGUGGCAAAGUCGUGAAUGUUAAUUGAGAAUGAUACGACCCCAAAUAAACGCGUUGUGUGACGAUGCUA